GCCCGAAGGUCAGCGUGUGGCGGAGGCGGUGGUAACGCGGGUUCUCCCGCGGUCACCGAGGAGCGACGGCCUAUCCCGCGACCGCAUCUUGAGGCAGCUGCUUGAAGCAGACGGCGCGACACCAUGGAGGGUGGCGGGGGAAGUGGCAACAAAACCACCGGAGGGUUGGCGGGCUUCUUCGGAGCCAGCGGGACCGGCUACUCGCACGCGGACUUGGCCGGCGUGCCGUUAACUGGUAUGAAUCCUCUAUCUCCUUAUUUAAAUGUGGAUCCACGAUAUCUGGUGCAGGACACAGAUGAGUUUAUUUUACCUACUGGAGCCAAUAAAACUCGGGGCAGAUUUGAACUAGCCUUCUUUACUAUUGGAGGAUGUUGCAUGACAGGGGCUGCAUUCGGAGCAGUGAAUGGUCUUCGGCUAGGAUUGAAGGAAACCCAAAACAUGGCCUGGUCCAAACCAAGAAACGUACAGAUUUUGAAUAUGGUAACUAGGCAAGGAGCACUUUGGGCUAAUACUUUAGGUUCUCUGGCUUUGCUCUAUAGUGCAUUUGGUGUUAUUAUUGAGAAAUCACGAGGAGCAGAAGAUGACCUGAACACAGUAGCAGCUGGAACCUUGACAGGCAUGUUGUAUAAAUGUACAGGUGGCCUUCGAGGAGUAGCACGAGGCGGACUGGCAGGACUUACACUUACCAGCCUCUAUGCACUGUAUAACAACUGGGAGCACAUGAAAGGAUCUGUGCUUCAACAGUCACUCUGAACAUUUUUGCCACCUCAUGAAUGGAGGACAUUCAGUCUUUCAGAUGAAUUAAGUCAGUCUGAAGUUAAUUGCCCUCUUCUAUCUACAACUACUUUGAAAAAUUGGAGGUUGUGACUUGCUGUGGUGAAGAUCAUAGAUAGUUGGCCAGGACCGGUACUCCUUGCCCUUAAUGAGUUGAAGCGAAAACCUUUGGUAGCUCACUGGGUAUUGUGGUUCUCCUUUGGAGAUGAUCUUGGACCUGUCCUCUCUUCUUACCCUCUGGGAAACCACAACCAUUGCUCAUUGUCAAUAUUUUAUCACCAAGUGUGUUUAAUGAUCUGAAACUGUAAUGCUGCCCAUGUUCCAAAUAAAAGGAGAGAAUAGAACCAGUCAUAACUCCAAUCUAAACAGUUGGUAGCUCUGUUUAAAAAACAUCUUCCUUAGAUAUAAGAUGAAAUUUAAAGGUUACUCUUGGCUUAUUUUUUUUCUUGCCUAAACCAGUUCUAUUUUCCAUGUUUAUACUGAAUUGAAGGGUUAAUGCUGCCCUUAACUAGUGUGAGGUUUUUCUCCAAUAGACCUCAACCUCAAGCUAGUUCAGGUUAAUCAUUUUUGGAGCAAACUAAACUUUCUGUCCGAUAGUCAAGUUUUGUCAUCCUGUAGACAGUAAUUUACUCAUUUCUGGGAAUACGUGGGAGCUAUAGUUUUGUUUUGUUUUUUAGAAAAACUUGUAAAGCUAAAGGCAAGCCAUUUGAUUUCAGAGUUUCUUAUCCAUCCAUAAGAUGACAUGGGCUUUUACUAAUAAGCACAUAAGAAAAUUCAGCAAAAAUGGUGACAUUUAUGGUGUUAAGCCCCAUAAGUUUAAAAUAGAUUUGAGUGAGUUUGAGGGGAGAAGGUUGAGAUGGAAGUAAUUGUACUUUGCUAACUUAAGAUUCAUAAAUUAUACUGAUAGAGAAUAUACACAUUUAUAUGUGCAAGUUGUUUCUUGGCUAUAUUCUAACCAAAGGUUAUCACACAUAAACAAGGUCUUGGUUUUGUAAAUAACACACAUACAACCAUGGUUUGCCUGUUAUGCUUUUUUAAUGGAGAGGUAUAAAAUGCAUCAAUACAAAAGAAUGUUUCACAUACUUGUCAGCAUUAAUGUAAAUUACAUUUUAACAAUGUAAAAUGCAGUGUUACACCUCAAAAGAGAAACCACAAAAUUUUUCUGCAACCUAACAUGCUGGAAAGACUCAAGUUGACUUGAACCCACCUUUAUUGUUAUUUAUUAUUAAAAUUCUCAAUGGUAUUGGAGGGGCAGAUGAAAAUAAGAGGUCUUUAUAACUGUGGUUCCAAGAGUUGUAGUGAAGCUGUAUGGCAGAGUCAAUUGUUUCGCUGAAGUAUUUCCAACAACAUAGGCAGUCAAGAAGUCUGGUAGUUUCAAAGCCCAAAAGGCAGCUAAGAUCUUAUUAUCCUAGAGAACUUUUAAACAUAAAUCCCACUUCUACAGAGAAACUUAAGGAUAUUGAUAAAAUGUCAACAGUUUUCACAAACUUUCAGUAAGCACCCCCAAGGCACAAGUGUUUAAAACAGCCUACUCACAGUACUAUUUGGGAGGUUCAGGAACACUUUCUUGCAGUGAUAGGACAUCAAUUUCAUCCCCAGUUAAAAGCACCAGGUGUCAAGCUUAAGACACAAGAUGCACCAGUAAUCUUAGGGUAAUGAAUGAUUCAAGUACUACCUUUCCCAAGUCUCACCUUUUUCUCUUAAGUGAUGGGGCUCUUUAAAGCCUGAAGGUCUGUAGAUUGUUACAGAGGCCAAGACUACCUUGAAAAUGGUUCUGAAAUAAGAGUCCUCAAACAGCUCAAUGAAUACUUUAAUAACAUUCAGAGAAAGGAAAAAAGGCAAAAUCUGCAGUAACUGCAUUUCAAAUAAUGAAGAAAAAUGACAGAAAUAAGAUGUAGGCUAAAAUGUCUGGUAGUUAGUGUCAAAAAUUGCCAAGAUUACUAUAACACAGUUUGAU